UUUAAAUCCCUUCAUUUCCGUUACCUCCUCACACGACGAAAUUAUCAGUGCAUUACCACUUUGAUCUAAUCCUCAAUUUCCCAAUUUCUCUUGAAACCCUAAUCCUAAAUCGAUUUCCCAACUUCGGCGUUCUAAUGGCCACUGAGGAACCAACUGUCGCCGUGGAAUCUGCGCCUGAGCUGGCGGAAGAGAAUCCCGCUGAGGCUACAGCCAAUCCCAAAUCUGGCAAAGCAAAGAAAGCUAAAGAGCCCAAAGCCAAGAAGGCUGCAGCUCCUAGGAAGCCACGAGCUCCUCCUGCUCAUCCUCCUUACGAAGAGAUGGUCAAGGAUGCAAUCGUUACUUUGAAGGAGAAGACUGGAUCAAGUCAGUAUGCUAUCACUAAAUUCAUUGAAGAGAAACAGAAGAAUCUUCCUGGAAAUUUUAAGAAGCUUCUGCUUUUCCAUUUGAAGAAGCUUGUGGCUGCUGGGAAGUUGGUCAAGGUUAAGAAUUCGUAUAAACUUCCUUCGGCUAAGGCUUCGAAGCCGGCUAUAACUGCUUCUGCUCCGGCUAAGAAGAAGCCGGCUGCUAAGUCCAAACCUGCUUCGAAGGCCAAGGAAGGGAAACGUGCUAAAACAACUUCUAAAUCCCCUUCUAAGACAAAGGCUAAAGCGGCGGCUAAACCAAAGGCUGCUCCUAAGGCUAAAUCCACCGCAACGAAGACGAAGGCUGUGGCUGCUGUGAAGCCGAAGGCGAGUGCAUCUGCUAAGCCAAAAACCGUAGCUAAAUCGAAGGCGAAGCCAAAGGAAAAGCCGGCUAAGGCUUCGAGGACUUCAACAAGGACUUCUCCUGGGAAGAAGGCGGCUGUCCCUAAAGCUGCUCCGAAGAAGGCUGCCGCGCCUAAAAAGGCUCCUUCGAAGAGUGCUAAGCCGAAAAGUGUCAAAUCACCGGCGAAGAAAGCUACGACGAGGAGGGGAAAGAAAUGAGAAGGGAGGCUAGUCGAAAUAGGGGUAGUAUUGUAAAUUGGAGUGAUGUAUAGUGGGUGUAUAUGGAUCCACGUAUACCCACGAGAUAUAACAUUCAGAUCUCUUUUUUAAUAUUUUUAUUUGAGUUGGUUUUUUUUUUUGGUGAGUUUAAAAGUUGAAACAGUUGUUAGAUGUAACUUUCAGUUGAAUGUGUUAUGAGAUAAACUUAGAGCAA